CCCUAAACCAAGAUCAUCGCACCUGCCCAACGUAGCAUCGCAUUGCAGUCAAAUCCAUCAAAAACUCCACCGCUUUGCAUCGCUCUGACUCUGGCCGACUCGCUAAGAACGGAAUGGUAUCGUGAUGCAUCAACCGUGUUUCCUCUGGCAUAGCCCCAUACAUAGCCCUACCGCUGCAGGUUGCCCUGCCUUGCCUUGGUUCUGCGGGCGCUCCUGCCACUGGCGCCCCUGGUUGCAGUGCCUGGGCUGCGAUGACCCAUGGAUGCCGUCGACCAUCCUGUCCAUAUUCUGGCAAUGGGCUGUGUUGGAAGGAGCGUUGGCCACUCCACUAUAUCUAGGCCCUCCCCGCGCCUCGCAGACUCUCUCCAUCAUCCUUACAACCCACAAUCCAGCCACUGGCUCGGUUCCCACAAUACAGUCGAUUCAACCACUCCGUUUCAGCUGUCGUGGCCUCGCCUUGCCUUUCGCUCUUGCCCGCCCUGCUUGCUUGCUGACCAUUGGGGUCCUGGUGAUGACCUCGUCAAGAUGCCCUCCCCUUGGGACGCGUCGCGACUGUUAUAUCGUCGGAUGCCCCUUCAAUUAUGGGCAUGAAAAUUACUCUCUUGUUGCCAGCUGUAGCUAUGAUAAACUCGGUUUAAAUGUGCGUCUUCUGAAUGACUUACUUAUGAGUCAUAUCAUGGACGACUGGCAGAGAAGAUUUUCCAUUUGGAUCCUGCCAUUUGAUACUGGCCAACAUUCUCUUGAAUGAAAAUCGGUCAUGGUUUGACAGUUUGCUUGUUAUCGAAGCGAAGCUUUAGUGACGAAACUCUGACAUCGUGUUUACAUAUGAGGAGUGAGGAAGGAGCGAGAGCUUUAUUUAGAGAGGUUCGACAGCAGAUUUUCUCGAGGAAAGAUUGGCUGCCACAGCGAUUUCCACGUGGCGUAGUGUGUGCCACAGUGUUCAGAAGCU